AUGGCCAAGCGCCUUUUCCCUUCCUCAUCCCUUCUCCACUGCCUUCCCGCUGCCCCUCAGACUGGGGUUGCGUCGAUGGAGGUUCUUUCGUUCCGGGCUACGGCCCGUCACAAGGCUAGUCUCCGGCAUUUUUCGUCUAAAUCAUGGAGACAGUAUCACAAGGACAAUAAUCCUGAAAACAACAGAGGAGGAUUCGGCUCACGGUUAGGCUUCGCUUUGCGGAAUACCAAGGUCGAAUGGUAUCCCAUCCCUGUCGGACUCGGAAUCGGUCUGCUAGGGUUGCUGUCUUUCUACAAGUCUAAGCGUGCGGAACGAAAUCGGCUGGCUCGUGAUGCAGCUGGCGAUGAAUGGGAAGAUGGCAAACGGCCCCCGCGUCGUCCGAGAAUUAGUUUGUCGGGGCCAUGGCAUAUCCAGAUCAUGUCCACGCUACCCCUGAAGGCCAUGUCGCGUCUAUGGGGCCAAUUCAAUGAAAUCGAACUUCCUUACUACCUCCGUGUCCCUGGAUUCAAGCUUUACUCCUGGGCGUUCGGCGUCAAUCUUGAAGAGGUUGCCGAACCCGACCUGCACACUUACCCGAACCUGGCCGCAUUCUUCUACCGCAAGCUGAAGCCUGGCGUUCGACCCCUGGACCCCGACCCUCGUGCUCUCCUGGCACCCUCCGACGGCCGAAUCUUACAGUUUGGUACGAUCGAGCGUGGAGAGGUUGAGCAAGUGAAAGGAAUGACAUACAGUCUGGACGCCCUCCUAGGAUCAGCCACCCCUGCGAACGCCGACCACAGCAAUCGACUCGCCGACCAAGACAGGAAAGAAACGCAAAAGGAUGUUGAAAACAUGGAUGCCCACGAGGAGUUUGCCCGCAUGAAUGGUAUCUCCUAUACUCUCCCGAGCCUUCUUUCUGGCGAAUCCGAUGCUCCCAAACAACGUGCUUCUAUGGAUGCUUCAACCGAAUCCAAGGAAACCUCCGAAAUCCAAGUGCAAGAGGAUCUGGCCCGUGGCGAUGGUACCGCGUGGUACGCGCCCAAGACCUCGGCCAACCAUGCCUUGUUCUACGUUGUGAUCUACCUCGCGCCUGGUGACUACCACCGUUUCCACUCCCCUGCUCCUUGGGUUGUCGAGAGCCGUCGCCACUUUGCUGGCGAAUUAUACUCUGUCUCGCCAUAUCUACAAAGACACCUGCCCGGAUUAUUCACUCUCAACGAGCGAGUUGCACUCCUUGGCCGGUGGAGAUGGGGUUUCUUCAGUUACACACCGGUCGGCGCUACCAAUGUAGGCUCCAUCAAAAUCAACUUUGACUCGGAGCUGCGUACCAACAGCUUGUUGACUGAUACCGCCGCGGACCUGGCGGCGGCCUUGGCUGCCAAGCGCGGUGAGCAAUAUCCCGGCUUCGUCGAGGCAACCUACCGCCAUGCUAGCCGAACACUGAAUGGACAUCCCCUCCAGCGUGGAGAAGAGAUGGGUGGGUUCCAGCUUGGCAGUUCGAUCGUACUUGUGUUCGAGGCUCCCCUUGGCACUCGCAAGUCUGUUGAUGCCGGCUGGCCGGAAGAUGCCCCGACUGAUGGGUGGACUUGGAGCAUUGAAAAGGGUCAGAGGAUCAAAAUAGGUGAAAAGUUGGGCUUUGUUGCCGAGUGA